AACGCCCUGUGCUGCUGCCUCUGUACCAGGCUCUCCACGCUCAUUACCCGCACGCUCCCUCACUGAUCCCCAGCGCCACCCGCAGCCGUCUGAUCUCUAGCCCUCACCAUGGCGGAUUAUCACAAGCCCGACCAGCAGACCCUGCAGGCCCUGAAAGACACUGCCAACCGGCUGAGGGUGAAUUCCAUCAAGGCCACCACGGCUGCAGGUUCAGGACAUCCAACAUCAUGUUGCAGUUCAGCCGAGGUAAUGUCAGUGCUGUUUUUCUAUACCAUGAAAUAUAAACCCCAGGAUCCCAGAAACCCAAACAAUGAUCGUUUUGUGAUGUCUAAGGGUCAUGCAGCGCCCAUUCUUUAUGCUGCGUGGGCAGAGGCUGGUUUUCUGCAGGAGUCAGAACUACUAAACUUAAGAAAGAUUGACUCAAUUCUGGAGGGUCACCCUGUGCCAAAACAAGCAUUUGUUGAUGUGGCCACUGGAUCAUUAGGACAAGGGCUUGGUGCAGCAUGUGGCAUGGCUUACACAGGCAAAUUCUUUGACAAAGCAAGUUAUCGCGUGUUCUGUCUGCUCGGUGAUGGAGAAUCUUCAGAAGGUUCCGUCUGGGAAGCUAUGGCUUUUGCUGGAUUCUACAAGUUGGACAACCUUGUUGCAAUCUUUGACGUUAAUCGCCUUGGUCAAAGUGAUCCAACUCCACUCGAGCACAAAGUAGAAAUCUACCAGAAGCGUUGUGAGGCCUUUGGCUGGCAUGCGAUUGUUGUUGAUGGGCACAGUGUAGAGGAGCUAUGUAAGGCUUUCUCUGUCAUCAGGAACAAACCAACUGCGAUCAUUGCCAAGACUUUCAAGGGCAAAGGCAUUCCAGGUGUUGAGGAUAAGGAGAACUGGCAUGGAAAGCCUCUUAGUAAAGACCUAGCUGAGCAAGCUAUUAAAGAGAUCGAGAGCAAGAUUCAAAGCAAAAAGAAGAUGUCUCCUACUCUGCCCGAGGAAGAUGCACCCAAAGUCAACAUCAAGGAUAUUAAAUUGCUGUCUCCACUAAACUACAAAUUAGGAGAAAAGAUUGCAACUCGCAAAGCUUAUGGUGUGGCACUCGCUAAAUUAGGUCACUCUAACAAGAGAGUGAUCGCUCUGGAUGGAGACACCAAAAAUUCAACAUUUGCAGACAUGUUCAAGAAGGAACAUCCAGACCGUUUCAUUGAAUGCUACAUUGCUGAACAGAACAUGGUGAGUGUUGCAGUGGGUGCCGCCACAAGAGAUAGAACGGUUGCAUUUGCCAGUGCCUUUGCCACAUUCUUCACCAGAGCGUUUGAUCAAAUCCGAAUGGCAGCCAUAUCUGAAAGCAACAUCAACUUGGUCGGAUCUCACAGCGGUGUCUCAAUCGGGGAGGAUGGGCCAUCUCAGAUGGCUUUGGAGGAUAUUGCCAUGUUUAGGGCUGUACCUACAGCAACUGUUUUUUACCCAAGUGACGCUGUGUCUACAGAGAGAGCAGUGGAAAUUGCUGCAAACACAAAGGGAAUAUGUUUUAUCCGGACAAGUCGCCCUGAAAAUUCUGUUAUUUAUAACAACAAUGAGGAAUUCAAGAUAGGAAAAGCCAAAGUGGUUGCUCAGAGCAAAGAUGACCAAGUCACUGUAAUUGGAGCGGCUGUGACACUGCAUGAAGCCAUAGCUGCUGCAGAACAGCUUAAGAAAGACAAAAUCAACAUCAGAAUCAUUGACCUGUUCACAAUCAAACCCCUGGACGUCAGUACAAUUCUGGAAAGUGCAAAAGCAACUAAAGGUCGUAUAAUAACCGUGGAGGAUCAUUACCAUGAAGGAGGCAUUGGGGAAGCCGUUUCUGCCGCUGUAGCAGGUGAACCUGGUAUUACAGUGAAAUCUUUGGCUGUGUCUGGUGUCCCCCGAAGUGGGAAACCAGCUGAGCUGCUCAAGAUGUUUGGUAUUGACAAAGAUGCCAUUGUAGAGGCAGUGAAAUCCGUAGUUUCCCAAGCAACCAAUUCAACAUAGACGCCAAUGGUUAUUGUUCAGUUUUAUACGUACAUAAUGAAAAAUACUCUGUAACUUCCAUGUAAUCAGGAACUUGCUCAAAUUAAACGUUUUAAAAAAAUAAA